UGGUGUUUUAGAACACAGAGCAAGUGGGGACUGUGAGUGUGUGACACAGCAAAAGAGGAAGGGAGAAGGCAGUCAGCCAAAAACAUUUCUAAUGAAGUCCAAACACCUAGUGGGAGCUACAACAUAAAAAAGGAAUACUUUUAGAUUUUAUGGGAGACCAGGAGAACAUUUGGAGAUCAUGGAGAGUUUGAGCACGCCUGCCAUAUUCAACCUAUCGGAUCUAUCAGUGGAGACGAACUCGUCGUCUCACCAGUGGUUUUACUCGGAGUACAGCGAGGCUGUGGCGGUGCUACUAGGCAUCCUCAUGGCCCUGCUAGUGAUGGGCAUCGUCUUUGGCAACGUGCUGGUCAUCACCGCCAUUGUGCGCUUCCAGCGGCUGCAGACGGUCACCAACAUGUUCAUCACCUCUCUGGCCUGUGCUGACCUGGUCAUGGGCCUGCUGGUGGUGCCCUUCGGGGCCUGCUACAUCCUCCUCAACACCUGGCACUUUGGCAGCUUCCUGUGCGAGUUCUGGACAGCGGCGGACGUCUUGUGUGUGACGGCCAGCAUUGAGACGCUGUGUGUGAUCGCGCUGGACCGCUACCUGGCCAUCACGUCGCCGCUGCGAUACCCAUCCCUGCUGACCAAGCGCAAGGUGUGCGUGGUGGUGGUGAUGGUGUGGGGCGUGGCCGCCCUCAUCUCCUUCCUGCCCAUCCACAUGAAGUGGUGGGUGUCUGAUGAGCCCGAGGCGCUCAGCUGCCUGGAAGAUGCCCACUGCUGUGACUUCAACACCAACGCCGCCUAUGCCGUGGCGUCCUCCGUCAUCUCCUUCUACAUCCCCCUGGCGGUCAUGGCCUUCGUCUACGGACGCGUCUUCCAGGAGGCCAGGAAGCAGCUGAAGAAGAUCCGCAGCAGCGAGGGGCGCUUCCACACCCAGAUGAUCGACAACAACCAGGGGCAGGAUGGUGGGGGCGGGAGCGGAGGGGCAGGGGGGAACGGGAAGAGACCUAAGUUCUGUCUGAAGGAACACAAAGCCCUGAAGACGCUGGGAAUCAUCAUGGGCACCUUUACCCUCUGCUGGCUGCCCUUCUUUGUGCUCAACGUGGUGGUGACCAUCUGGAAGGUGGACAACAUUAAAAUGCCAUUCAGGAUAUUGAACUGGAUAGGAUACGCCAACUCAGCGUUCAACCCCCUCAUAUACUGCAGGAGUCCUGAGUUCAGGUAUGCCUUCCAGGAGAUUCUGUGCCUGAGAGGGGCUGCUUUCCCCACUAAUGGAUACACAUAUAGGGGUCACAGCCCCAAGGAUAAGCCAGGCAGACUUUCACAUAACGCUGGGACCAUGGAGCUGGGGAUUGGCUCUCUGUCUAGUGUCACAAACACAAACGGGUAUUGCAAUAAUCCUCCUCUUGUCUCCAUUGUCUGAACCGCAGGGUGUUACAGUGAGACUGGUCUUUCUCAUUUAGCCAGACCAGGUAUGCAGACAUGGGAUAGGAAAUUACAUGUGAAUCUAUUUCCAUAUUUAAAUGCGUUACUAUAAGAAUAUUAUUCUAGUAAUGUGUAGGUUAUUAAAUGUUUGUAAUACUUUUCCUCUUAAUAUUGAACAAAGUCUGCAAAAGACUUAGGAAGUCUAUGGUUUGUGCAUGUGAUCAUGUGUGUGUGUGGUUUGUGGACAUGAGUAUGUGCACGUGUUAUGUACUCUAGUGCUUACGCACGUGUGCAUUCGAACACCAGGGUUCAGGUACUAAGUUCAAGUUUCGAGUACAGUUGCACAAACAUUUGUUAUAUUGCUCUAAGUUCAUUUUUUAUCUACCUCAUCAGCAUCAUUUUCGAUUCAGCUCCAUAUCUUAGAGCUCCAAGAACAAAUAAUUAUAGUCUGUUUGUAUGAAAAUGAAUAAUGUUGUUAGUUGAACUGACUGUUCUUUACUGGCAGCAGUCUGAAUCACAUGGAAAUGCCAGGGUAGGAGAGGUAGGAGAGAAUUAACAGGCCGAACAAGAGAUCAAAUCAGGGUUAACAGUAAUAUCUGUGACCCCCACUUGUGGCUGUAGCCAGCCUUCUGUCUGUAACACAUUCCAUAUUAAUCUGGGUCUCUCCCAGAACCAGCUCAGGGACUUCUGUCUGUCUGUGUGAUUCUGAACACUCCCUCUGCCACGGCCCAGAAAUCCAACUCUCUGAUGAGGGACAGCAGGUGCACAUAAUCACAGGCAGGCGCUAUUACCAGCUGCACCACAUGUAAAAAAAAGAGUUGAGCAAUGCUCACGUUGCUCCGUUCCUCCUACCACCCUUCAAUACCUCAACCUUCACCUUCCCCCUCAAUAUCACCAUUUAAUAACUGAGGUUACUGACGCCUGUCCUGCCGCCCCUCAGACAGUGUGUAAGGACACACAGACAGACAAGCCUUUGUUGUGGACCUUACUUUUGAGACUCAAUAACCCCUGCAAGCAGCAAUACCUUAAUGCUGGGUAGUGUGACCACCACUGUACGUCAUUCUGAUACCAAUAUCCAGCCAGUAUAUUUAGUCUGUAAAGCUAUAUUUAAUGAUUGCUUUCACACUCUACCGUGCUGGUUUUCUUUGUUAAUGACGAGUGUGGAUACUGAGAACUGUUGUUGCUGUUGCUGAUGUUGUGCUGCUCUCUGUUGUUGUUGCUGUGAAGUUUCAGUGUUUACAGAGAUUCCUGGACAAACUGUCUGAUUGGUGUACCAUAGAUUUACACAAUGUACUGACUAGCAAACGGAUAAGGAAAUAAACCACAACACUAUAGCUUCUGCAGAAUCUGCACAUAUUCCUGUCUGAGGAAGAUAAACUGUAAGAUUGGGACUUCUCCUUCCAGAUGUUCUACAUAGGUGCUCAGUAUUUUAUUUUUAUGUCAUUUAGAAGACGCUCUUCUUCAGAGAAAUUAUAAGUGCCUUGCUCAAGGGAACA